AUGGGUUACUCCGAAGUCGACAAGAAAGCUAUCAACACUAUCCGUGUUUUGGCUGCAGACGCUACAUUCAAUGCCAACUCUGGACAUCCCGGUGCCCCCAUGGGCAUGGCGCCGGUCGCCCACGUCCUUUGGGACAAGAUCAUGAAGUUCAACCCUAAGAACCCUAGCUGGUUGAACCGUGAUCGCUUUGUUUUGUCGAACGGCCACGGUUGCAUGCUACAAUAUGCUCUCCUGCACCUCUUUGGUUAUGCUCUCUCCAUAGACGACCUCAAGAAGUUCAGGCAAGUCGACAGCAUCACACCUGGUCACCCCGAGGCUCACGACACUCCCGGCGUUGAGGUCACAACAGGUCCCCUUGGUCAGGGUAUCUGCAACGCAGUCGGUCUGGCCAUGGCACAAGCACACACUGCUGCUACAUUUAACAGGGACGGCUUCAACCUGAUUGACAACUACACAUACUGCUUCCUCGGUGAUGGCUGCUUGAUGGAGGGUGUUUCGAGCGAGGCCUGCUCUCUGGCUGGUCACCUCCAGCUUGGAAACCUGAUUGCCAUCUGGGACGACAACCACAUUUCCAUUGAUGGUGACACCAACCAGGCUUUCACCGAGGACGUUGCCAAGCGCUACGAGGCUUACGGCUGGCACGUCGAGGUCGUCAAGGACGGCGACAAUGACCUGGAGGGCAUUGAGGCUGCCAUCAAGAAGUGCCAACAGGUCAAGGACAAGCCGUCCCUGAUCCAGCUCAGAACCAUCAUUGGCUUUGGCUCCACCCAGCAGGGAACUCAUGGAGUCCACGGCUCGCCCCUGAAGGCUGAUGACCUGAAGCAGCUCAAGGAGAAGUUUGGCUUCAACCCCGACGAGAGCUUCGCUGUCCCUCAGGAGGUUUACGACCUUUACAACAAGAAGGCUGCCGAGGGUGCUGCCCUCGAGCAGGAGUGGAAUCAGCUGUUCGCCAAGUACGGUGAGCAGUACAAGGCUGAGCACGAUGACCUCGUCCGCCGUCAAAAGGGCGAGCUUCCCCAGGGCUGGGAGAAGAACCUUCCCACUUACACGCCCUCAGACCCCGCCAUCGCCUCGCGAAAGCUGUCUGAGACUGUUCUCACCAAGAUUGAGGCUGCCGUUCCCGAGUUGGUUGGAGGAUCGGCUGAUCUUACUGGCUCCAACCUGACAAGGUGGAAGGGUGCUGUUGACUUCCAGCCCCCUGCCCUGAAGCUGGGUGACUCCAACUACGCUGGUCGCUACAUACGCUACGGUGUCCGUGAGCACGGUAUGGGUGCCAUCAUGAACGGUCUGGCUGCCUACGGUACCAUCCUCCCCUUCGCUGGUACCUUCCUGAACUUCGUGUCGUAUGCCGCCGGUGCCGUCCGUCUCUCGGCUCUGUCGCGCGUCCGCCUGAUCUGGGUUGCCACGCACGACUCGAUUGGUCUGGGUGAGGAUGGCCCUACACACCAGCCUAUUGAGACUCUGGCACACUUCCGUGCUCUCCCCAACUGCAUGGUUUGGAGGCCUGCCGACGGUAACGAGACGAGCGCUGCUUACUACGUUGCCCUUACCUCCAAGCACACUCCCAGCAUCAUUGCCCUUUCGCGUCAGAACCUUCCUCAGCUCGAGGGGUCGACCAUUGAGAAGGCCAUCAAGGGAGGCUACGUCGCUCACGAGGUUGAGGGCGCUCAGGUCACCCUUGUUUCGACCGGUUCCGAAGUUGGCAUCUGCAUCGACGCCGUCAAGUACCUGGCUGAGAAUCACAACAUCAAGGCCCGCGUUGUCUCGAUGCCCUGCUUCGAGGUGUUCGACACUCAGUCCAAGGAAUACAGGCUCUCGGUCCUCCCUGACGGCAUCCCGUCGCUGUCUGUUGAGGUCAUGAGCACCAUGGGCUGGGAGAGGUAUACCCACGAGCAGUUCGGUCUCAACCGCUUCGGCGCUUCAGGACCGUACAAGGACGUCUACAAGAAAUUCGAGUUCACGCCCGAGGGCAUCGCCAAGCGCGCUGUUGCCACGAUCGACUUCUGGAAGGACGUCCCCAACGUUCGCUCUCCCAUCAACCGUGCCUUCCAGCAAAUUAUCUAA